CGUGCCUGGAGAGCCCAGAAAGUCACCGCGGGCGCCUUGGCGCUGGUGUUUGUUUAGGAAAAGUGGAGCUGGCUGGCGACGGGACUUAACCCCAGUGUAAACUACCGGAGAGGGUGUCUGUGACCUUUGAGGAUGUGGCUGUAACUUUCACCCAGGAGGAGUGGGGACAGCUGGAUCCAGCUCAGAGGACCCUGUAUCAGGAGGUAAUGAUGGAAAACUGUGGGCUCCUGGUCUCUUUGGGGUGUCCUGUUCCCACACCUGAGCUGAUGUACCCGUUGGAGCAUGGACAUGAGCGAUGUACGCUGAUGGAAGACCUUCCCCCAAGCCACUGUCCAGGUGACAAUGGAAAAACCAAGGCCACAGAACUUGUCACUUAUGAGCCAGCAUUGUGUAAGGGGGUCUCCCCCCAGGUUGAAUUAGCCCAAGGUGCUUUAGGGAACUUCCAGCUGAUACAAGCCAGGAGCCACGUUGGUUCCUCAGAAGUGCAACAAGGACUCUUGAGAGCAGGAAGAGAUGGUCAGAGUGAGAAGCUUCCUGCUGGACGUGAUGGUUUAGGCUCAGCUGGGGAUUUGUGCUCAAGGACUGUACAGAAGGAGUACUUCUCAGAAGAUGCUGGCCAUGACCGUGAAUCACUGCAGUCCAGUAAAGAUCCCAUGAUUGAGGAAGGAAACGGUAUCUUCAGAUGUAGUAAAUGUGGGAAAGUGUUUAACAAGAAACGUCUUCUUGUUCGACAUGAGAGGAUUCACUCUGGAGUGAAGCCAUAUGAAUGCACAGAGUGUGGGAAGACCUUCAGCAAGAGUACAUACCUUCUUCAACACCAUAUGGUCCAUACUGGGGAGAAGCCCUUCAAGUGCCUGGAGUGUGGGAAGGCCUUCAACCGCAAGUCCCACCUGACGCAGCACCAGCGCAUUCACAGUGGGGAGAAGCCGUAUCAGUGCGGGCAGUGUGGCAAGGCCUUCACACACCGCUCCACUUUUGUCUUACAUAACAGGAGCCACACCGGAGAAAAACCUUUUCUGUGCAAAGAAUGUGGCAAAGCUUUUCGAGAUAGACCAGGUUUCAUUCGACAUUACAUCAUCCACAGCGGGGAGAACCCCUAUGAGUGCUUCGAGUGUGGGAAGGUCUUCAAACACAGGUCAUACCUCAUGUGGCAUCAGCAGACUCACACUGGGGAAAAGCCCUAUGAGUGCAGUGAGUGUGGAAAAGCAUUUUGUGAGAGCGCAGCGCUGAUUCACCACUAUGUCAUCCACACUGGAGAGAAGCCCUUCGAGUGCCUCGAGUGCGGGAAGGCCUUCAACCACAGGUCGUACCUCAAGAGGCACCAGCGCAUUCACACCGGCGAGAAGCCUUAUGUGUGCAGUGAGUGUGGAAAAGCUUUCACUCACUGCUCUACUUACAUCUUGCAUAAGAGAGCCCACACUGGAGAAAAACCCUUCGCAUGCAAAGAAUGUGGGAAAGCUUUUAGUAAUAGAGCAGACCUCAUUCGCCACUUCAGCAUCCACACUGGGGACAAGCCAUACGAGUGUACGGAGUGUGGGAAGGCCUUCAACCGGCAGUCAGGCCUCACAAGGCACCAGCGAAUUCAUAGUGGAGAGAAGCCCUAUGAAUGUGCCGAGUGUGGGAAAUCCUUUUGCUGGAGCACGAACCUCAUUCGACACGCCACCAUCCACACUGGGGAGAAGCCCCAUGAGUGCAGCGAAUGUGGAAAGGCCUUCAGCUGCAGCUCAUCCCUCGCCCAGCAUCAAAGGAUGCAUAGUGGGAGAAACCCUACCAGUGGAACGGAUAAGGGAAAGGCUUUCACAAGUGGGAAGACCUCUGUCAACAUCCAAGAACUUCUCUUGGGAAGUGACUUGUUGAAUGUCACCACUGAGGAACACCUUUUGCAGACAGAGACAUCUUUCAUGACAUCUGACCAUUCAUACCAAAGAGAAUCUCCCACAAGUGUCCUCACUGUGAGAAAACCUGUUGCAAAAUGUUUGUUGGCAUCUGAAAGCGCAAUAGAAAGUGACCUAGCAUAGAAAAUUGUUUUUCAUCUGACACUUCAUGUAGGAGAAAGGUCACUGGUUAUUUUGCACAUAGGAGUACCUUCAGCUACAUCUCUCCUAGUUUACAAUUCAGCCUUAUCUCAGGAAUUGAUUGGUGUGAAGAGAAGGAGGUGAAGUGGAAGGAGGUGCAGGAGUGAUGUAAAGAAAACCCCAAGCACUCCUGCACACUCCUCUGCCAAGUCUGUUGCACUUACGCAUUUCUUAUUUGCAUGCCGAGAGUUUUCAUUUAGGAGGUAAAGGAACUUGACUAUCUUGUAUAUACUACUUAUUGCUGUCCAAUGUCUAGUUAAAAUGUGGAGGCCAAA